AUGUCCCAAAAUCUCAGACUUCUCUUGUUUCUCCUUUUCCUCGCAAACCAAAACCAAGUUCUCACACAGCUUGAUGAUCUCUACUUCCAUGGAUUCAAUCAUGUUAAAAACAACAUGAGCCUAAAUGGUGCUGCUGAGAUUGAAAAGGAUGGCUUUCUAUGUUUAACAAACUAUACUAAAAGCAUACUAGGCCAUGCUUUUUACUCAUAUCCAAUCAAGUUCAAGAACUCUAGCAAUGGAAAAGCAUUCUCCUUCUCAACUGCCUUUGUUUUUGCUAUGGUCCCUAAGUAUCCAAAUCUAGGUGGCCAUGGCCUUGCUUUCACUCUCUCUACUUCGAAAGAGCUGCCUGGUGCUUUUUCAAGGCAGUAUCUGGGACUCCUCAAUAAAACUGUCAGUGGUAGCUUCUCGAAUCACAUUUUUGCAGUUGAAUUUGAUACUCAUAGAGAUUAUGAAUUUUUUGAUAUGAAUGAUAACCAUGUUGGUGUUGAUAUCAACAGCAUGAGAUCAAACAAAUCUGUUCCUGCUGCAUAUUUUCUUGAUCAUUCAGAAAAGAAAGAUUUGAAUCUCAUUAGUGGUAAGCCCAUUCAAGCAUGGGUUGAUUACGAUUCAGUCCAGAAUCUACUAGAGGUUAGGCUCUCACCUUCUGCCGCAAAACCGGUCUCUCCUAUCUUGUCUGUUGAUAUAGAUCUCUCUAAUAUUCUAAAUGAUUCUAUGUAUGUUGGUUUCUCUUCGUCAACUGGUUCGAUUACAAGCAAACAUUAUAUUCUUAGAUGGAGUUUCAGAAUAAAUGGAGAGGCUAAAUCUUUCAAUCUUUCUUCUCUUCCUUCUCUUCUCGGGCCUAAAGAUCUCUUGGUAAUUGUUGUAAGCGUCUCAUUUGCGUCUACUUUUGUCAUAAUCUUGGCUAUUGCUAUAUCCUUUUAUCUCUUUAGGAAGAUUAAAGGUGCAGAUAUGAUCGAGGGAUGGGAGCUACAAGUUGGUCCUCACAGAUUCUCUUAUCAAGAACUCAAGAAAGCAACAAAGGGUUUUAGAGAAAAGGAACUUCUUGGCUUUGGUGGAUUCGGUAAAGUUUACAAAGGAAUUCUGAGGAAUUCUAACACUCCAGUAGCAGUUAAGCGAUUCUGUCAUGAGUCUAAACAAGGUUUGAGGGAAUUUUCAACUGAGAUUGCUAGUAUUGGUCGUCUACGCCACAAGAAUUUAGUUUGUUUACUAGGAUGGUCUCGCCGACGAGGUGACCUGCUGCUUGUCUACGAUUUCAUGCCUAAUGGGAGCUUAGAUAAGUACUUAUUUGAGGAACCAAAAACUAUCCUCAAAUGGCCAGAAAGGUUCAAGAUUGUCAAAGAUGUUGCAUCGGGCCUUCUGUAUUUGCAUGAAGAAUGGGAGCAAACUGUGAUUCACAGAGACAUAAAGGCAGGGAAUGUGUUGCUAGAUUCAGAGCUAAAUGGAAGACUUGGCGACUUUGGUCUUGCUAAGUUAUACGAUCGAGGCUCAAAUCCCAACACCACUAAAGUGGUGGGCACAUUGGGUUACUUGGCACCUGAGCUCACAAGAACAGGCAAACCUACAACAAGUUCAGAUGUGUUUGCCUUCGGUGCACUUUUGCUUGAAGUCGUUUGUGGAAGGAGACCUAUUGAGCCCAAGGCACUGCCUGAAGAGCUCAUUUUGGUAGAUUGGGUAUGGGAUAAGUGGAGAGGUGGGGCAAUUCUUGAUGUAGUGGACCAGAGAUUGAAUGGCGAGUUCGACGAGAAUGAGGCUGCUCUUGUGCUUAAACUAGGGCUAAUGUGUUCUAACAAUGCCCCAAAUGCAAGGCCUAUAAUGAGAAAGGUUGUGAGGUAUUUGGCGGGAGAACUGGCAUUGCCUGAGUUGGUUGCAGCGCCAGAUGAAUAUGAUGGGAAAAAUGGUGAUGUAGAUAGUGAUAGUGGUGAUAAAUGCAAGGAUCAUGUGUAUCCAUAUCCAGUAUCAUCAUAUUUGGAGAAGGUCAGUGCAUGA